GGCGCUGCAUCCUGGCGCUGGCCUCCGCCGCCGCCGCAGCCACUGCCGUCGGGGAAGGUCCCAGCGCGGACAUGACCUCGCGCGCCGCUCGCCUGGGCGGGAGCUCCCGGCGCACAGCGCAGUAGUCCCGUAGAGAGGAGGACUCGACGGGGCAGACCGCGCAGAAAACCAGGCGGGCGGCAUGGAGGCGGCGCACCUGUUCUCGGCCGCCGACGUGUUGCGUCGCUUCUCGGUGACGGUCGAGGGCGGCCUGAGGCCGGAGCAGGUGACUAGCGCGCGGGAGCGCUACGGCCCCAACGAGCUCCCAACUGAGGAAGGGAAGUCCCUGUGGGAGCUGGUGCUGGAGCAGUUUGAAGACCUGCUGGUGCGCAUCCUGCUGUUGGCUGCCCUGGUCUCCUUCGUCCUGGCCUGGUUUGAGGAGGGCGAGGAGACCACAACAGCCUUCGUGGAGCCCCUGGUCAUCAUUCUGAUCCUCGUGGCCAAUGCCAUCGUGGGCGUAUGGCAGGAACGCAACGCUGAGAGUGCCAUUGAGGCCCUGAAGGAGUAUGAGCCUGAGAUGGGUAAGGUGAUCCGCUCAGACCGCAAGGGCGUGCAGAGGGUCCGUGCCCGGGACAUUGUCCCUGGAGACAUCGUGGAGGUAGCAGUGGGAGACAAGGUGCCCGCUGACCUCCGCCUCAUCGAGAUCAAGUCCACCACCCUGAGAGUGGACCAGUCCAUCUUGACAGGUGAAUCCGUGUCUGUGACCAAACACACAGACGUUAUCCUGGAUCCCAGAGCUGUGAACCAGGACAAGAAGAACAUGCUGUUCUCUGGUACCAACAUCGCAUCGGGCAAGGCACUGGGGGUGGCGGUGGCCACAGGCCUGCGCACAGAGCUGGGUAAGAUCCGCAGCCAGAUGGCGGCAGUGGAGCCAGAGCGGACACCACUGCAGCAAAAGCUGGACGAGUUUGGGCGGCAGCUGUCCCGUGCCAUCUCUGUGAUCUGUGUGGCCGUGUGGGUCAUCAACAUCAGCCACUUCGCUGACCCAGCCCAUGGUGGCUCGUGGCUCCGUGGUGCCGUCUACUACUUCAAGAUUGCUGUGGCCCUCGCUGUGGCUGCCAUCCCUGAAGGCCUCCCAGCUGUCAUCACUACAUGCCUGGCUCUGGGCACACGGCGCAUGGCACGCAAGAAUGCCAUUGUGCGGAGCCUGCCCUCUGUGGAGACCUUGGGCUGCACCUCGGUCAUCUGCUCCGACAAGACAGGCACCCUCACCACCAAUCAGAUGUCCGUGUGCCGGAUGUUCGUGGUAGCUGAGGCCCAAGCAAGCUCCUGCCGUUUGCACGAGUUCACCAUCUCGGGUACCACUUAUGCCCCGGAGGGCGAAGUGAGGCAGGCGGAGCAGCUUGUGCGCUGUGGGCAGUUCGAUGGUCUGGUGGAGCUGGCGACAAUCUGUGCCCUGUGCAAUGACUCAGCGCUGGAUUACAAUGAGGCUAAGGGUGUAUAUGAGAAGGUGGGAGAGGCCACAGAGACGGCCCUGACUUGCCUGGUGGAGAAAAUGAACGUGUUUGACACCAACCUUGAGGCCCUGUCCCAGGUGGAACGAGCCAGUGCUUGCAAUGCGGUCAUUAAGCAGCUGAUGCGGAAGGAGUUUACUUUGGAGUUCUCCCGAGACCGGAAGUCCAUGUCAGUGUACUGCACACCCACUCGACCUGGCCUGGCAGCCCAGAGCAGCAAGAUGUUUGUCAAGGGGGCUCCUGAGAGUGUGAUCGACCGCUGCAGCUCAGUCCGAGUGGGAAGCCGCACGGUACCCCUGAACACCACCUCCAGGGAGCAGAUCCUGGCCAAGAUCCGGGAUUGGGGCUCUGGCUCAGACACGCUGCGUUGCCUGGCACUGGCCACUCGGGAUGCUCCCCCAAGGAAGGAGGACAUGCAGCUGGAUGACUGCAGCAAGUUUGCUCAGUACGAGACGGACCUGACCUUUGUGGGCUGCGUGGGCAUGCUGGACCCUCCAAGGCCCGAGGUGGCUGCUUGCAUCGAACGCUGCCACCAGGCUGGCAUCCGCGUGGUCAUGAUCACAGGGGACAACAAAGGCACAGCUGUGGCCAUUUGCCGCCGGCUUGGCAUCUUCAAGGACACAGAGGAUGUGGUGGGCAAGGCCUACACAGGGCGCGAAUUUGAUGACCUCAGCCCCGAGCAGCAGCGCCAGGCCUGCCGCACGGCAUGCUGCUUCGCCCGUGUGGAACCUGCACACAAGUCUCGAAUCGUAGAGAACCUACAGUCCUUCAAUGAGAUCACUGCCAUGACUGGAGACGGCGUGAAUGAUGCCCCGGCUCUGAAGAAAGCAGAGAUUGGCAUUGCCAUGGGCUCUGGCACAGCUGUGGCCAAGUCAGCAGCCGAGAUGGUGCUGUCAGAUGACAACUUUGCCUCAAUUGUGGCUGCAGUGGAGGAGGGCCGGGCCAUCUACAACAACAUGAAGCAAUUCAUCCGCUACCUCAUCUCUUCCAAUGUCGGCGAGGUUGUCUGCAUCUUCCUCACGGCAAUUCUGGGCCUGCCAGAAGCUCUGAUCCCUGUGCAGCUGCUCUGGGUGAACCUGGUGACAGAUGGCUUGCCUGCCACAGCCCUGGGUUUCAACCCACCAGACCUGGACAUCAUGGAGAAGCUGCCUCGAAACCCUCGUGAGGCCCUCAUCAGUGGCUGGCUCUUUUUUCGAUAUCUGGCUAUUGGAGUGUACGUAGGCCUGGCCACGGUGGCUGCCGCCACCUGGUGGUUCCUAUAUGAUGCCGAGGGACCUCACGUCACCUUCUACCAGCUGAGGAACUUCCUGAAGUGCUCCAAGGACAACCCUCUCUUUGCCGACAUUGACUGCGAGGUCUUCGAGUCACGCUUCCCGACAACCAUGGCCUUGUCUGUGCUGGUGACCAUUGAAAUGUGCAAUGCACUCAACAGCGUCUCGGAGAACCAGUCGUUGCUGCGGAUGCCACCCUGGCUGAACCCUUGGCUGCUGGGAGCCGUGGUCAUGUCCAUGGCCCUGCAUUUCUUCAUCCUGCUGGUGCCACCCCUGCCCCUUAUUUUCCAGGUGACCCCCCUGAGUGGGCGCCAGUGGGUAGUGGUGCUCCAGAUAUCUCUGCCUGUCAUCCUGCUUGAUGAGGCCCUCAAGUACCUGUCCCGGCACCACGUGGAUGAAGAAAAGGACAAGAAGUGAGUGGCGGGAGCAGAGCGGAGUCUCCAAUGUGUACCUCAGCCUGAUGAUGCCCUAGCGCCCACCCCUCCUCCACACACUGCCAUCACGCUCACCGCUUGCUCACGGGGCCCUGCCGAGGGUCCUUGUCCUUGCUUCCACAUGUGUGGGGGCUGUGUAAUUUGUGUCUCUGGGACUCUCCUGGGAGGUUCACCUCUGAAGUUCCAGCUCAAGAUCAGCCGCCUCGGAGGGAGCUGCCCGGAAGCCGGAGCUGGAAGCCGAUCCCUCAACCCCUGAAGCCAUGAACACAUUUGGGAGCAGGCACCCCCUUGCUUGGAGGCUGAGCAUUUACUUGGUGACUGGUGCUUCUGUACUGAUGGAGGACUCCUGGAGUUCUUGCUAGCUCUGACCUCUCGCUUAGUGCCGUCUGCUGCCUGGUCAGUGGGGCGGCGGAGUGUGUGUGUGUGUGUGUGUGUGUGUGUGUGGUGGUGGUGGUGGUGAAGGGGAGGACAUCUGGGCCCAGCUGUGCACAGAGAGGGCGGAUAACACCCCCUCCACUCUGUUCUCUUCCCACAAAGUUGGCACGUGAGGGUUAAGCCUCUUACUGUUUAUUUGUGCAAGGGGUUGAAGGGUCAGAGAGGAACAUGGUAGUGGGGUGGGGGGGCUGGGCAAGGAUCCCCUUCCCAGGAGACAGCUGGCUUGCCUGCCUCAGCUCUGGACACUCCCAGCUGGAGAUUUCCCUGUCCUAAGCAAAUGAGACAUGCCGAGUCACGGUGCUGUCCAGUCUGCCAAGCAGAGGCUGGAUUUGCCCUACAUAUCCCCGGUGCCUACGGCCCCAGACAUCCUUGGGUACCUGAUCACUGUGCCCUUUCAGCCCACCCCUGUGUCCACCAUCCCAAAGUCUGCUCAGCUGGGCGAUUCUGAGUCCUCCAGACUCCUGGCCUCACUCGUCACAUCCAACCCCUCGUAUCCAUGAGCUGAAAGGAUGUCACUAAGAAUGGCUAGUUACCCAACAGCACUUACUCUCCCUCCAUCAUUGCUGGAGGAAUUUGUGCCCAUGUGGAUCAUGUCAGAUGAUGGGAAAAGAGUGUUUGAUGGACAUAAAUAUUCUUUUAAUUCAGCUUUUGCCCCUCUGGCCAGAAUUAGGCAUAGAAGAAAACAGUGGGUCAAUGUACAUCCUCACCCCUCCUGGAGAGUGUAUCAAGUGAUUAUUUUAUAUGUAAAUCAAGACUCACAUCCCUGUCCUGUCCCCCAGAAGCAAAAAGCCCCCUUAGCCUGCCUUGCAGACAAAUAGGCACCAGGCUCUGACCUUGUACCACACCUUUCCAUCCCUCUCUCCAAGUUUCUGGAGAGGCCAAUAGAGAAACAGUUAGGUGGGGCUCCCUUGGGCACUAGCCCACAGAGAUUCUCUGCUUCUGUAUUGCUGGAGGGAAGGGAGACCUUGAGGUGGGGGAGGGUGGCAGGGUCCUGAAUCCAUCUGUCAACAUGCAGUUGGUAGAGAAAUAAAGGUUGAGUGCCUGGGGCAAUGGAGGACCAUC